AUGUUCCUUGCAAACCAAUUCGGUUACUAUCAACCAGCGGGUCCAUUGAUCUCACCACAUGUUAUACAGCCAGUUACAGCUGGACCACCACCACCAUCAUCAAUACCACCAAAUGUGCCAUUGUUAGCAACGACCAAUACAAAAGUCAAAUCCCAAACAACCACCCCUGUGGAUGGCAGCGAACACUUAACCGCCAGUGGUCAGCCAAAUGCCACUCCUACUGCUGAUAGUGCGGAUUCAGAGCUUCUUCUAAGCGGCGGUGAUUUAGCACCCUAUCGUUAUCCACCACAAGGUGGUAAUGCCAGUGCUGCAGCAGCAGCAGCGGCCGCCGCCGCAGCUGCCCAUCACAGUCAACAUCAACAACAGCAGCAGCAACAACAACAACAGCAUCAAUUACAUCAACAGGCAGCUGCCCAUGCAGCAGCUGCGGCGGCAGCGGCCGCUGCAGCUCAUCAAAGCCCACCAUAUCCCCGAUCAAUGCAUGCCCAAAUGCAUUAUCCACCAGCAUAUCCUGCAAGUUAUUAUUCACCGUAUCCCGGUGAACCAAUGUGUUAUUCGCCACCUGCCUAUCAACCGUAUUAUCCAGCAACCAAAGUUUAUCAAAGUGCUCCACCACCGCCACAUCAUUCGCCGUAUAGACGUUAUUCGUACUAUCAGCCGGGCCAUCCACCGCCACCAACCGAACUAUAUGAGCAGGCACCGCCACCCCAACCGGGUACAGCUGGUUCUAGUGCUGGCCAGGUGGCAGGACCACCACCACCCAGUCAGGCGGGACAACCGCCGCCACCACCUCCACCGGGUGGUACACAACUGGUACCAGCAGGUCCGCCAGCGGGUCAUAGUCAACAUUUGGAACAUUUUGCCGGACCACAAGGUUAUUAUGCGGGUUAUGGCAGUGGCAGCGGUGCAGCUGGCCAGUGUUAUACACGCAGUAUUCAGGCUCCGUAUAUGGAAUAUCCACCACAAUGUCCGUGUCCAAUGCAACAAUCGUGUCCAAAAAACGUCCAUACUGGGCCUCAUAUUGGUAGCAACAGCAGCAGCAACAACAAUGUCAAUCACACUCACAACGGCAACAGCAGCAGCGGCAACAACAACAACAGCAAUACUACACUCAAUCACAGCGGCAACAGCAGCAGCAACAACUCAAUAACCACGGUGCCAGCAAUGAGCAACAAUCAUUGCAACAGCAACAACAACAACACCUUGAAUGUAUUGAGUUUGCAUCAACAACAACAGCAGCAGCAGCACAACAACAAGUCGCUAACGAACGAUACGACUAUGACGAACAACAGUAAUCGCCAUAGCAACAAUACAACAACAACAGCAGUAAAUGUUAACAACAACAACUUGAACAGUAAUGCCGUAAAUACCAAUAGAGGCCCAGUUAAAAAUAUUACCAAUCCACCAAUGGACGCAAAACAUGGAGAAAUCAUACCGCCUAAUCCAAAUAAAAUCCCCCUACUAACGAUAGCGGUCAAAACCGAACUGUCUGUCGAUGAUACCGACAACAAGAGCCAGUAUGAAGAGAAUGUCGUAACACCUCUCACACCUCCCGAUUGUUACAGUACAAAUGAAGAUAAACUAAGGGAUUCAAUUGAAAAAGAUCCGGUAACGGAUAUUCGCGAGGAGCCCGAAGAAGUUCCCGAUAAAAUAGUGAAUAGAUCGGAAGCGGAUGUCGCAACUCACUUACGUGGUAUGGCGACAACACAACCCAUAGAGGCUUAUGAUUUGACCACAAGUACACCACCCUUGCAGAAUGUUGGGGUCAGUGUGCCCACAGUACCCAUUGCGAAUGCCACGAAAUCUCCACAAAUUACCACAGUGGGACGGAGGGCACGUAUUGGCAAAUCUAUGGCCUGGAAUAUGGUUUAUGCAGCGAAUCAAGUAAAUGUCGCAAGUGUUCCGGGAGCGCAGCAGCCAAAUUGUGUACAGGGACGUAAUGGAUCCCAACCUGCAUCACCCUUACAUGGCAAUGCCCAAGUGACUGCAUCACAACCAGCUAAACCUUCCACUCCGCAGAAAACCACAACUCCAGAGCAUAGCAGCCAAGGGAAAGUUUCCUCCUCUGCUUCUCCGGCAAAUUUCUUUGUCAGCAAUGUCAUGACCAAACAGGAAAUUGAUGAAGUCCACACGGCUCCGCUAUUGCUUAAGGCUGAAAUCAAAUCAGAGAAAAUCAAACUUGAAGAUGAGCUAAUCGAUACGAUGUUGCUGCAACAGCACACCAAUGUCGUUGUGGCACAACAUACGCUCCAUCAGCAAUCCCAGUCGGCAAACCCAAAACAUAUCAUACCCGAGAAAGAAGAGCUUAAAAUCAUAAAAGCCGAGCCGAUUACGCUCAGCGAAAUUUUACAUGAGAGUAAAGUGAAGGUGGAAUUGGAUUGUGAAAUUGUCACACCAAGCGAAGAGCGGAAAGUGGCGCCCAAUUGCACGGGGGAGGUGGUAAACAAGCCUCAGGGUAGAAUGCGUCUGCUGUCCUCCAGACAAGCUAUGCCGACAACAACUCUCUCACCUCUGCCAGCCGUUAAUUGUGACAUUGAUCUGUCCACAACAUCCGACGAUGAGAUUCUCGAUUUAUGCCAUAGUCCUGUGGCGCCCAAAUGUUCAGGCAAACGUCGUGGAAUUUUGGAAAUCAACAAAAAUCAAUGCAAGAAAUCUCCUCCCAAUAGCUAUAAAAGUCUAAUCAAACAGGCGGAACCCAAGACGUAUCUUUGUUUGAGUCGUAAAUUUGAAAAGAAAUCACGAUUUGGUCGCAUCCACUCGUCUAAAUCCAACAAGGGCAGUUCGGGUCUUAACAACGGUAUACGAAGGAGAGAAUUGAUGUUAACCGAUCAACAGAAGGAAAGUUUGAAGAUACGAAAGAAGAAAUUGGCGGCCAUGGAAAAACGAAGACGUGAAACGAAGGAGCAAAGAAGGGCUGAGCUGAGGCAAAAACGCAAAGAAGCCAAGGAGGCAGCGGUGGCCAACAGUAGACAACAUGACAUGAUUAAGGGAGAAAGGGAACUGCCGGAGAGCGUGAAUGUGGAACAACCAAUUAAAAAAGAAGAAGCCGAAGAGGAGGAUGAGGUGGUGAAUUUAAUUGAGGAUGAUGUGGAAAUGUUGGAGAAUGGUAAAGUGCAGACGCCACUGCUAUUUGCAAAUCAACAAGACGCCGCAAAUGCCAAGAAAUCUCCUCAGAUUACACCCAAACCAUCACCGAAACGUGGAAAGCCUCCCAAGAAACAAGCCAUACCUUUGCAUUUAAUUGAAACUAUUGAUGCUGUGGCCAGGGGCUACUUCUCAGAGCCGGAAUGUCGUACAUCAUCAUCAUCACUGGUGGUGACCAGUAACGCUUGUUCUCCUAGUCCCUUGGAUUUACACAAAUCUAAUAGCACGGUGACGACCAUGACCACGACAAAUGAGCCCAAAGAAGGCCGUAGUCCUUUGGCUCAUAAAAUUCAUAAAAAAUCAAAAACCACUUCGGAAAAACGUUCGAAAUCGGAAACAAAGAAACCUUUGAAAGUUCAGAAUUCCCUUAACACUGAACCCUUAAAUAUUCGUACCGUUUUCGAUGGUGUUCCGAUACUAACAGCAACUACCUCAAAAUCAGUUACGACGCACACGAUGGCUAGUGAUUCAAGCAUGGAAUAUACGGAACAAUCUAGAUCAAAAUCCACAGAACCCAAGUCGACAAAAUUGCCGAAGGAGGGAAAAAUUAAGAAAUCCAAAACGGAACACAAAUCUUCGAAAAAAUCAAAAUCCAAGGAUAGAAGUUCGGUAGAUAUAACUGCACAGGAGUGUAUAGCUGUAGAGGCUAUGGCCAUGGAAACGAACAACAAUGAAAUUCCUAAAGAAGCUCAAAUUUUGAAUAAGGAACCUACAGAAGAAUCAAAAUCGGAUGACGGUUUACGAACAACGGCUGAAACACUGGCUGGUACAGUGAUGGAGGUGGAACCCGCCAUACCCAACAACAAUAAUACAACAACUAGUGUCACUUUCAACGCUCAAAAUACUCCAAUGCAAUCCGAAAUUACGGAGGAGGCUCCUGAACAAUCCUGUCACCCGACGACAGCAGGUGAACAAAAUUCUUUGAUAGAACAUUCCAAUGGCAAUAUCAGUACAACAGCAACUACACCAACGCCGCAGCAGCAACAACAGCAACUAUUUAUACAGCCCACAUUACCUCCAAUGCCACGGGUGGUGUGUCACCAUCAUGGUGUCAAACGUAAUCGUUCACGUUCCAAAUUUGGCAAUCGCAAACGUCAAAAAUUGAAACAUUCCACGGUGUCAUUUGAGCUGGACGAAACACUGCCGCCGGCUACACGUAAUGAUGUUGUGCCGAAAUGGAAUAAUGGCUGGACAUGGGAGGGAGAACAGUUCCAGGGGGCGGUAUUCUUAAAUAGCGAUGAUCCAUUGGUAAUACGUACUUGUUAUCCUGCUAUGCGCCAUUCUGAGGGCGAUAUUAUACGCACCCGUGAUUGUGUUCUUCUCAAGGCUAAUGAAGAUAAUGAGUUGCCCUAUGUCGCCAAGGUGGCCCAUUUGUGGGAAAAUCCGGAAGAUGGUGAAAUGAUGAUGUCUCUCUUAUGGUACUAUCGUCCCGAACACACAGAACAGGGACGCCAACCUAGCGAUAGUCCAGAUGAAGUUUAUGCCUCACGUCAUCGUGAUCACAAUUCAGUUGCCUGUAUUGAAGAUAAAUGCUAUGUUUUGACAUUUAGUGAAUAUUGCAGGUAA